GUGACGCAGGACGUGAACAAUGUAUUACAACACAUGGAAAGAUUUUGUAGGGAGGUGAUCAGCGGAACGUGGAAAGGCUAUACGGGACAAAAUAUCACAGAUGUAGUUAAUAUCGGCAUCGGCGGAUCCGAUCUUGGGCCUUUGAUGGUGACCGAAGCGUUGAAGCACUAUCAGAUUGGACCAAACGUUCAUUUUGUAUCCAACAUUGAUGGUACUCAUUUAGCAGAGGUGUUGAAGAAAAUUAAACCGGAGACAACCAUAUUUAUCAUAGCGUCGAAAACGUUCACAACUCAAGAGACAAUUACGAAUGCUACGUCAGCGAAGGAAUGGUUCUUGAGGGAGGCCAAGGUGCUGCUCCUGCAUUUUGCUUUACAGAGGUUGCUGGCUGGUCGAUUUUUCGCUGACUCCUUUAAAAAUUUUGCAGGAUCCUUCGGCAGUGGCGAAACAUUUUGUGGCACUUUCAACCAAUGGUCCAAAGUGUCGCGAGUUUGGGAUCGACGAGAGCAAUAUGUUUGA